CCCACGUAUAACAAUAACUUCAUAACUUGACACAAAUAGAAACGCAAACAUUCUUCUUAUAGGCAUCGAUCAUCAACAUAUUCCUUAAGGAAGAUGUCUAUCAAAACCGUAGACAAACCAAAAUGCGAGUCAGUUACGGAAGCGCAGUCGGUAGAGAGCUCCCUGAGUUUGGAAUGCACGAUAAAACCUAGCGACGAAUUUUUUCACGUUUUCGAAUUAUCUUACGUAUUUAAUAUGGACAAAGGUACUCUUACUAAAAAGCAAAUCAGGAUAAUAGAAACAAAUAUGGACAAAUUAUAUAACAAGGUCACCAAACCGGGAAACGCAACAUUAAUUGAUAUUAUAACUCUUGCAUACUGUUACCAAAAUUUAUGUCAUUAUUACCUUAAGUCAAAUCAGAAAGAACUAAGUUUAGGAAAAAAUUGUAUUUUGCGUUGUUUGAAUUUGGUGAAAGAUAAAGAACUGGAUCCCAAAUCUAUUUUGAUAGCUCUAAAAGGCCAUUAUCAGUUAGGUUUUAUUUAUUUUAAACAAAAGAAGAGAGGAACAGCUGUACAAAUAUGUAAUAAAGCUAUAGGAUUAUAUUUAACAUAUACACACGAUAAGGAAAAGUACGGUAAUCCUAUUAAUUUUGGAAAUAUUAUUACUAAGUUAUCACUAGAUGGUUAUUACUUGCUAAAUUUAAUAUGUAGAGAUAUUUUAAAAUUAAUAAUAGAGUCCAAUGCGAAUAUAGAUGAUCACAACAUGAUAGCAUACAAUCAUUUGCUUUUAGCAGCUGAGUUAAAUAUAUUACAAGUAUCAGGAGAAUAUCUUCUGUGGAUUUCAUCAGUAUUGAAAGUAAGCAAUUAUUUAGUACUGCACGACCGUUUUGCAGAAGCCAGAAGCCAUAUUAUUACUGCAAUUUAUGUGAAAAAGAAAUAUUUUCAUGAAAUACUUGGUAAUACGAAGGAACAGAUAUUUUCCUCAGAAGAACGGAAGCUGAGUGAAUUGUACUUAGAAUUGGAUAUGGUUUUUAGUAUUUCACGGAUAAAAUACGGCAUUAAGCUUUUGCGUAGGUCAGUGGAACGAUUGCUACGAUUAGAAAAAAGCGAAGAAUUUGAGAUUGAUAACUUAAAUUCAGGACAUCCAACAAAAUUGGAGGUAGAUAUAUCACAGAGGUUAUUACUAUUCAAUGAUAUAGAUACAGAAAUUCCAUUCACGCAUAUAAAUCCAUUCCUACCGGUUAAACACAUUUUACAUUAUAACGACGCAUACAAAAUAUUUACCGAUAUCCUACGGAAUGUUUCCAUUGUGAGAUAUGUUCUUGAUAAAAGCAGAGACCUAGAAACAUAUGGACAACUUAUAUUAGACACUUGCGAAGCGUACAAAUAUAUGUCACUCUAUGAGAAAGACAUAACUAAUCGAAACUUACUACGAAAUGUGAUUGUAGAUCUUUUAUCGGAAGGUGUAAAAAACCAACUUUUAAAAACGCGUGCUCCUGGCACGUAUUCUAGCAUACAAUUACACCUAGCGAUUACUCUUUCAAAUGUAAUAAAUGUUAAACUUGAAAAUGCGGCCACAAUUAACCCAAUGUACAUGCCGAAAAGAUAUGAUGAUAUUGAGCUUGAAAUUGAAUACCUCGUAAGAAUUGCUUUAAUACAUUUAAAAAUGAGGUCCUUUUAAUAGAUAAUUAUGUUAGUAGAUUUUGAUAAUAGGCCAAGUUCUGUAUUAGGUCCACAUUGAUAGAAACAUACACGUUAAUGUUUAUCGCCGUAAUGUUGAAUAUAAAGAAAAAAAUGAGAUUAUCAACGAUUACAAUAUUUAGUUGAAUAAAAGGGUUUUUUAAUGAGAAAUACAAUAUUGCAACAUAUUUGUUUGUAUGUGUACUGAACUGAUUAAUAUCAUGUGAUAAGUUAAUAACUUUUACGAAAAAGGUUGAUAUAAUGUUAUAAAAUAUUUAGAGAUUAUACUGCAUGUUUUCAAAAUGUCCUUUCGGAUUCUGUAUUUUAAGUUUUUUUCUGGAUAAUUCAGAGACAUCUUCUGUUAUUUAAAUUUUUUUAUUAUAAACAAAGAUAAGAAAUGUUUAAAUAGAGUUACUGCGAGUCAGUAAGUCACUUCCGUUCUUAUAAAAAUUCAAAAAAAUAAUAUACAACGUAAAAUAUAAGGACUUAAAAUGUAUAUGUAUAUAUAUAUAUGUAUUUCCUAUCAAGUCUAUUAAAAUAAGCUUCCGUAAAUACUGUCUAUACAUAUGGACUGCAGUAUGCUGUAUUUUAAACUUGUUUAAAAGACACUAUAUUAAAUAA